AUGUCGAAGAAUGGCGAAGUGCCGUCAAAUCAAGGACCUAGCAGGCCAUCAAUGCCGAAGCCAGAUUUGAAUUUAUUGCCAACUGAGAAACGUAAAAUACUAAAUUUGCAACUUGAAGGAGGACCAUCCGGUGAUAAUGCGGCUUUUAUGCCAUUUACUUCAACGCCGCCACAAAGAUCGCGAAUGCCAUCAAGAACAAUAAGGGAUGUGCUUCCAGAUAAUACCAGAGAUAGGUGUAGAAUAUAUCCAUCAAUGCAAUCAUCAGGGAAGUUGCAGCUGUCUGCAACUGAAGUAUAUGACUUCACCUCAGAUGAUUUACAGGAUCUAGGAGAAAUAGGCAGAGGUGCAUUUGGAGCAGUUAACAAAAUGGUUCACAGAAAGUCAGGCAAAGUAAUGGCAGUGAAAAGAAUUCGCUCAACUGUUGAUGAGAAGGAGCAGAAACAAUUAUUAAUGGAUCUUGAAGUUGUCAUGAAGAGUAAUGAAUGUCUUUAUAUUGUACAGUUCUAUGGAGCACUAUUUAAAGAAGGUGACUGCUGGAUAUGCAUGGAGUUAAUGGAUACAUCAUUAGACAAAUUCUACAAGUUUAUAUGUGAAAGGAUGCAAACUCGAAUGCCAGAGACAAUAUUGGCAAAAAUUACUCUUGCCACUGUAAAAGCAUUAAAUUAUUUAAAAGAAAAGUUAAAAAUUAUUCACAGGGAUGUAAAACCAUCAAACAUUUUACUAGAUAGAAGAGGUAACAUAAAACUAUGUGACUUUGGUAUAUCUGGGAAAUUGGUCGACUCAAUUGCGCGUACUCGCGAUGCUGGUUGCAGGCCCUAUAUGGCGCCUGAAAGGAUAGAUCCAGGGCGCGCUAGGGGCUACGAUGUGCGAUCUGAUGUCUGGUCUUUGGGUAUAACAUUAAUGGAGGUCGCGACUGGUGCCUUCCCUUACCCCCGAUGGGGAUCAGUCUUUGAACAGCUUCAACAAGUGGUUCAAGGUGACCCACCACGUCUCACCAAUAAGAAUAAUAUCUUCUCAAGCAAUUUCAUCAAUUUUGUCAAUACUUGCCUAAUAAAGGAAGAAACGCAACGGCCCAAAUAUAAUCGUUUGUUAGAGCAUCCAUUUAUAAAAGGCAUAGAACAGAGCCGGGCCGACGUUGCUGCCUAUGUAUGUGAAAUACUUGAUGCCAUGGAACGGAAUGGAGUUAGCCCAUUUACCACUGAUCAGCCAGCACAGGCCUGGAUUGAUUAA